ACGCAAAAGCGAUCUUGAUUAACCUAAUCGAUCGUAUACAGAUUACAGAGACUGCUCUUACGAAUCUAGUGUUUUUACCUUCUCGGCUGUGUGGAUUCCUCGUCCAUACGAAAUUACAAUUCAAAUCGAUCUUUCGUUCCCUCUAUUCUUUCUUCUCAGAUUCUUGAAUAAUUUCUUGAUACUCCUGAACCUUCCAUUCUCUCAAUUUGAAUUCUCUGCGAGCUUUUUCCCCCCUGCAGUGCUUGUUCUUCUAGGGUUCCCUGCUCUCACUCACCACUGAUUCUAUGGAGAAUGCCAAGGAAGCUUGCGGUGAAGCAAAACCUAACCAAGAAAACCUUAGUUCUGCGGUGGAAGCCGAAGCCGGAACUGAUUUGCCUGCUCCUCCGCAGGCUUCGAGGACGCCAUUCACGAACCUCAGCCAGGUCGAUGCAGACCUUGCCCUCGCAAGGACUUUACAGGAACAGGAAAGGGCUUAUAUGAUGUUGAGAAUGAACGGUGAAGUAAGUGAUCAUGGAAGCUCGGAUGCUGGUAGCUAUGCAGAUGAAAAUCAGGAUGACGAUAACGAUGAGGAUGAUGAUCUGGACGAGGACGAAAAUGCUGUGACUGAAGAUGGGGAGGAUGCAUUUGAUGUGCAUCCUCAUGCUGAUGAAGCGGAUGAUGAUCAGGGGAAUGAAUUUGAUAGUGAUGAGGCCUUUGCAAGAGCCCUCCAAGACGCUGAAGAAAGAGAAAUGGCUGUCCAUUUAAUGGCACUCGCUGGGAUAAAUGAAUGGGAGGCCGAAGACACCGAAGACCAUGGUAGUAACUCUCAGGAUACCUGGGAAGAAGUUGAUCCAGAUGAGCUGUCAUAUGAGGAAUUGCUUGCAUUGGGUGAAGUAGUUGGAACUGAGAGCAGAGGACUUUCUGUUGAAACUAUUGCCUCCUUGCCUUCGGUUAAUUACAAAGCACAAAGCAGUCAGGAUGGAAGCACAGAACAGUGUGUUAUCUGCCGUUUGGACUAUGAGGAUGGUGAUGCCUUGACUGUGCUUUCAUGCAAGCAUUCAUACCACUCAGAGUGCAUAAACAAUUGGCUUCAAAUAAAUAAGGUGUGCCCUGUUUGCAGUGCCGAGGUCUCUCUUUCGGGAAGCAGGUAGGAUGACAAGUUUCUUAUGAUUCAUUUAUGUAGCUGCGAUUCAUGUGCCACUCAACAUGCGGAGCAUGGCUUUGGUUUUGGACACACCGCUCGCUUAUCCAAGUGUAUUCUCGCAAAUCUCUUUUCUCAUCCUUUGUAAGCUCAAUCCGACCCCCACCUCUCCCACCCCAACCGGGAAAAGAAAAAAGAAAAAAUCCCUGGCUAGCCUACUUUGCAAUGCAGAUGGUAACAAGAAUUCUGAUUUAGAUGCAUCAAUACUGUGGUUGUGGCGGGCUAAGUGGACAAUGGUGCAUCCAUGAAGAGGGGUAUACAGAAUUAGUGGUCCUAGCGUUUUUGUGCACAUGAUGCGUGAUUUAUGCGAUUCAGUACAAUUGCCUUCUUGUUGCCCUGAUGUGGCCAAUAAAAUAUAAAUGAGGCAAAGGCAAUAGGUUUCCUCCAGACACCACUAACACACAAAAAAAAAAAAUGACAUUUGUCUUUUGGCAAUACUUCUGCCAUGUAUUUGUGGGUGACAGUUAAAUUUUUUUUCUAUGGUGUCUAAUAUCACCUCAAGUUUUGGUCACUACUAGGCUCAAAACCAAAGAUUUUAAAUUGUUUGGCAAGUUUGAUGUUUUGAAAUAAAGAAUGGUGAAUUAUUAGUCA